AUGGGCCGGUUCCCGAUCAACCAUGCUGGCGGCAACUCACGGACGGUGCACGGCGUACGCAGCAAUGUCGAGCCCGCUCGAUGGGCUUUGCGUGGCGGUGGCUGUUGCAUACAUGCAUGGGGCGCCGUGCAGCACGGGAACGGAGCGGCGGCGAGGCGGCGUCGGCGAUACGCGGACGUGUGGGUUGGCGGUGGUGUCGCAAUAUUGGGGACGACGAGCGGAAGAGAGCGGGCGUCGACGGGCCGGCGACUCGCAGUACAUAGCACCGCCACCGUGCUUCCCGAGGCGCGAUCGACGCGCCUGGGAAGCGAUGCUAGAGAGCGAGUGAGGAGCGGGUCUCGCAACAAGGCUCAUUCACCGUCCCAGGCCCCUGCCGCUGAGGCUUCCUUCGAUCCCCACAACUCGUUUAAAUCCAGACCCUCGUCCGAGAAUGAAAAGAAGUUUGCGCGGUUCUUACAAUCGAUUGUUCACGUCACCCUAGUCGCGUCAAGCACUAUCGUAAUCUACGACCAUUUGAUCACAUUGGACCAGGAGAUAGACCUAAUAUGGAAGGCUUCAUGGACACCCGGAAAAGUAUUGUUCUUAACGGUGAGUAUAUGCGCUGAUGUGCCGGCCUCCCCUUUGUUCCUUCCCGGCUCCGCGACCGGUUUUCUCGCGUCCCCUCGCUUCGUUAUCCGAGCUGUCCCCGAGCUGGAUGGUGCCCGGAAUUCGCUGCGUACCAGAGACGUCUCUUUUCGUGGCCUCGUCAUCACGCCGAAAGUCUCGCGUUCGGCUCGCCAGAGGUCGUCCCUCAGCCUGCGCGAGAACCGCUAUUACGUUCUUGCAAGUGUAACAUUCAACAACUACGUCAUCCUCCAACUGCGCCUCUACGCGCUGUACCACCUCAACCGACGCGUGCUCGUGCUCAUGUGCGGGGCGUUCCUGGUUUCAGCGGGCACAGCGGCCGUGAUCAUGGGCAUGGUGCUCGCGCGUAUAUCAGCGCACUCGGGCCUGAUCCCGGGCCUGCCGUUCUGCAUCCCGGUGAACGUGCCCUCGUGGUUCUACACGUUCUGGAUCCCGACGCUCGGCUUCGAGAGCCUGCUCUGCGCGCUCGCGUUGUUCCGCGCGUUCAAGGACUUUCGCAGCCGCACGAGCCUCUUCCAGAGCGGGCGGCACAUCGUGAAGAUAUUGAUCCGGGACUCGGUGAUUUAUUACCUCAUUAUGUUCGCGACGUACUUUACCAACCUCAUCAUAUUCCUUACUGGCAACGUCGGCGUGCUCGAGUCCGGGAUCGGGUUCGCGGUGACGAUGUCAUGCGUCAUGGGCAGCCGGCUGUGCCUGAACAUCCGCGACGUGCACCACGAGCUGGAGGUGUCGACCGCGUCGCAGCAGCAGCAGCAGCAGCAGCAGCAGCAGCAGCACCUCACGCAGCCGUCGUUCGUGUCCGGCGGGCGGAGUGCGUACGGGACGGCGAGCCGCGGGACGAAUAUCGUGGUUUCGAGCACGUACGCGCUGACGGAGUUUGAGCUCGUGGAGCUGCGGAAUUUGCGGGCGCAGGGGAAGGUGUAG